CAUGUUACCAGUGACGUAGGGAAGGGUGGCGGGCCCUCCUCUGCCAGCACUCAAAGAGCCAGGGCUCUCGUGGUGUUGUCCCAGUAGAGCCACCUCUACUCUGCCUCCUCCUCCUCUGUCUUGUCAACAAAGAAACAGGUUUAUGGGAGGUGAUGUAUGAACGGGAGAAGACGGUAGUGCUCAAGGCAUCCGCCUCACUCAUACCUAACAAUGUCUUCACCACCAAAGUCGAAGGCAAGCUCUACACAGGAGUGGUACACAAGGACCAACUGAACAUCGUGUGUCCAGGGAGCCCAGAGUCGGAGCCUCGCCUGGUGAUGGCGCGGAACCCCUCCCCCACCGGCGCCACUAUUAUGCAGGCGUCGUGGGUGAGAGUACGGGGGCAGCUGCUGCUGGUGCUGGCCACCACCAAGGGUGUUCUCAUCUAUGACUGGGACGGCUCUGUGCUCCUGCACGCCCACCUCCUGCCGCCCACGCCCCCGGACGCGCCCUUCGCCUUCACCAAGGGCAUUGCGGCUCUUUACACCGGAUACAUAUGUGUUGGAGUCCACACUGGAGAGAUCUUGGUAAUCAGCGUUAAUGAGGACGGGGAGAUGGCCGCCCAGGAGAGGUUGAGGUGGCACGCCCGCCCCGUCACCGCCCUGGCCUCCCACGGGCAGGUGCUGGCCAGCGGAGACGACGCUGGUGACAUUGUCAUCGCCCAAGACAACAACGGCCUCACUAAGAUGUGCUCGAUUGAUUCCUACGGGGCUGAAGUAACGUGUCUGGCAGCGUGGGGCGGACUGGUGCUGGCCGGUUACCUGUCCGGCCACCUCAGGAUCUUCAACCUCCACAACGGCCAGAUUGUCGCCGAGGUGUGUGGCCACGUCAGGAGCAUCACGGGUAUGGAUGUGGCGCAGGAGACAGGUUUGGUACUGACGACUAGCGAGGACACCUUCGUCAGAGUGUGGCAACUGAACCCCGACACCAGCCUACCAGUGGAGCACAAGUACACCCAGAGCGAGGAGAACACGGCAUUGUGCGGCGGAGCGUUCACGGACCACCUGGGCUCUGGCUAUGUUGUCACCGGCUAUGAUCGACGCGACCUUAUCUGCUACGCUAUGUAAGAUGCAACGCCUCGUUCCCUACUAAAGGCUUAAUUCGCUGCGUACGACGCUCCUCCUAGGGACGAUGUCACGCUGCGUGCGUGUCAUUGGUGGCAAAGAAGCUGUGCAUGAUUCCUUCUCUGUUGCAGGAGGAGGCAGGCAACACUUGCUAGUGCGGAACUCCAUUUACGACAAAAUAGUUUGCAGUUCCACUUACUGCGACACUACGACGUUCCACUUAAUACCAAAAUUUGUCUUUGUGUACACCGAUGCUAUACACAAUCCACCUAUAUAUAUAUAUCUGGUUAAUAGCCUUAGAGACGAAAAUAAAAAGCUGUUGCUUGAAUGCAAAAUAAUAUUUUCUUCUUUCCCCAGCCCCGUUAAAUUGUAUUUAGUGCUUUGAUGAGGAAAACAAAGAUUACAGAUUACAAGUAUAUCUUGAGGGACUU